AUAAAAUCCAUUCCUUUGCAGCCUCUUUUCCUUUGAGAAAAGCAAAGAGGGUUUUCUUUUCAUCCAGUGGCUAUCCUUGCUCUGGAUUUCUUCAGCUGUUCCACACGGAAACCAAUCGUUACUUUUUUUUUUUUAACUAACAUUGAAUAUAUAUUUUUUUUUUUUGAAUGUGCUAAAUCAAGUUAAUAAUGGAAUUAUCAUGCGAGUCAAUAAGAUAUCUCGAGGAAAAAAGGCCAAAAAGUAGCAAGUUGGUGGAGCUCCAUGUGCUUUAUGUGCCUGAUGACCAGUGGAAUGGAAAGCUCAAUAAAGUUCCCGCGGAGGCCAUCGAGAGUUUCAUAUCUGCAGGUUUUAUCAGAGUAUAUCCCGAUAUAACGCUAAAGAAUCUAAGGAGUGAGCUUGGCAUUUUUCUGGGACCAGAAAUAAGGGUCGACAAAUUCUCCUUCCUGAAAUGUGUCGGUCGCAGUUUAGCAGUGGUCAAACACGAACAAGAGAGGGAGCUAAAAGUGAAAACAUUUGCUCCACCAUAUGCCGCUCAGCCCGAGCUCUACCUGCUGGCCGUGGAGGUGAACCACGGCAGCGUCUGCUCCCAGUCACUCACUCUGGACACCCGCAGCAGCUCCCCAGACCACCAGGCCUACUGCCCCCACAAGCCCGGCCCCGGGACCACCACCAAGGGACCGCCCGUCAAGUUCCCCCUGAUCCCCCAGGGUUCCCGACGCUCGCCCCACACCCCCGACGCCGCAGACCACGAGGAGCAGCGGGAGGAGGAGGAGGAGGAGGAGGGGGAGGAGGAGGAGGAAGAGGAGGGAGAUGAGGAGGAGGAGGGGUUGGGGGAGGAGGAGAGUUGCUGCUCCACAGAGGGAGCGAGAGGGGAGGCCGGGGUGGGGGGGUUCUCCCUGAAGGCUGACAGGGCAGAGGAGAGGAGUCAAAGGAGGAGGUGCAAGAAUCCCAGCAGGUCACCGCAUGAUGUACAAAGUAAAGACGGUGAUCCGGCCCAGGUGAAGGGCCUGCCUGGGAGAGAAGAGAUGACAGGCGGUAAGAAAGACAAGCUGACCACCAGAGCGGCCAGAGACUCAGGCCUACCAGAGUCGCUGGAAGACAUACAGCCAGGCUUCUACUCAGACAGGCUCAGACCAUCAAAAGAUUUACAGACGAAGAUGCCGGCGGGAAGGAAGCCGAAACCAAUGGUUCCAGAGAGUCUGGGAGUGUCCUCAAAGCCUAUGAUCCAAUACCGCUCCCAACCUCCAGCCUCCGCUGGGACCCUCACCACAAACGGGCCAGCUGGUACCCCGCUUCUUCAGGAUAACAGAGAUGAACUUAUUGAGGAAAUCAAGAUGGUGAGGGAAGAAAGGAAGCAGCUUGAGUGGACAAGACAGGAACUGCUGAGGAAGGGGAAAGACUUAUUGGCCCAAAACAGGAACCGUAGGAAUCAAGCUCGUGACGGUUGGAAAAAGAAGUAUUUUGAGACAAAGAAAGCCACGGCACCAAUGGAAGAGACAUUGAGGAAUUUGCGUCAGGAACUGGAGACAUUUUACAAUAAACUCCUGCUCCAGCUACAGGCCAGAGACGGCAGAGGCCGAAACAGACAUCAGGGAAGGUCUUCCACAAAGAAUGAGCUCAUCAUUCAGAUCAUGACUGAGAGCCAUGAAAUUGACAACCUGAGAAGACAAGUAGAAGAUGCCAAGAUGAAACUUAUCACAGAGAUAAGGUUAAGGAAGCAGGCUGCUACCGAGCUAAGGGCGCUGAAGGCUGAGCUGGCUCAGAAAAAGAGCCAAUCGAUUCACACUGGACCUAUGAACUCACAACCUUUUGGGCCAAUCCCACGGAACAGACCAUACGCCCAGAAAGCUGGAUGCUAAUUCAAUGUUUAGGUUUGGAAUUCUACACAUUUUUGGUGCACAGAAAAAAAUGAGUGGGAUGUCAAAUUCUGUGUGAAAAUAAGCCGGUGUAUCUUUCUUAAACAAUUUGUUAUUUGAAUAUGCAUUGUGUACUAGAUUUGAUAUCAAGUUAUAUUUAACUUUACACACGCUUAUAUUUUGAUGUGGUCCUAGUAUUUGCUAGUAAUGUUUGAUAUUGUAUCUUAUCAUUUUAAAUAUUAAUUGUGAAAGGUGUUCAAAAUGUUAAGUUUCAUUACA